AUGAACAAAACAAAUUCAAAUAAAAAUGUAUUUAUAAAUCACUUUAAUUAGAAAACAAAAAAACUUCUGCGCGUCCUUUCCCUCCUUUUGUUUUGGUUACAUCGCUGGUAUUUUUAUCGGCAACGGAAUGUCAAGCAAGAUAACACAUGUAACGGAAUGUGGACGACCGACAGAAUUCCGUAAGUUCUUACGUGACCUUAACAAUGACGGAGGUUGUAGUGGUACCGGCGUUGGUGUCGAAAUGAGAAAUUGUGUGGCACGCAGCAACAAUGAUACAUACCCAGUUUCGGCGGAUGAAUACGAAGCUGAGGUUAUUAUGGCUACUUGGAAUCAUAUACAAGCGAUACGUUGCCCACGUCCCUUUCAAAUACAACUCUUACGUGCUGGCAUAGCGGAAGUUGAGAAAGAGUGCCGUAGUGCGAAAGAAUGUGAUUUCACAUAUGCAGGUAACAAACAGCUUGAAGAACCUGUGGAGGAAUUUCAUUAUGAUUUGGUAAAGUUACAAAAAUUUGUUGUUAAUAAUUUGGAAAAAUUAAUCACACGUUUAGAUGUUGAUGCGGAAGAGGAUAAUCCAAAACAUUAUGAUGAGUAUAAUCUCCUGUGCAAUAAUGAAAAAUGUCAUUGCUUCACAUCAGCAAUAAUAGAAACGACAACUAUGAACAGCACAAUGACGACGUUAACAAAUAUAACAAAACCGUUACAUGUGUCGGCGAUUAUAAAAAAUAAACCACGUAAAAUGGAGGAUCGUCAUGUGUGUCUGGAACGUUUCAGUGAGAUGUAUCAGUUAAAACAAUCUUAUAGUUUUUAUGGAGUCUUUGAUGGUCAUUCGGGCACUUUAGCUGCCAGUUAUGCUGUGAAUCAGUUGCCUUAUUUGCUAGCGAAACAAUUAAAGGUAACUCAGACGAACGAAAUCGAUAUCCGAGAGGCUUUUGAGUCCAGCUUUCUGCAGACGGAUCGUAUGUUUGCGCGCAAACGCAUUUCUAGCGGCACAACUGCGGUAUGCGCACUUUUAACGCACACAAAUCCUAACCAUUUGUACAUAGCUUGGGUAGGUGAUUCAAAAGCAUUGCUUGUUGGUAUUAAGGCCAGUCUACAAUUGGUAAAGCCACACAAACCUGAUCUAAUGGAUGAACGUAAACGUAUUGAGUGCAAUGAAACCGGUGGUGCUGUGAUGUUUGUGCAGGGACAAUGGCGUGUUAAUGGCAUACUUAAUGUCUCGCGUUCUAUUGGCGAUUUCUCGGUAAGUGCUGUUAUAGCAGAACCUGAUAUUGUUGAUGUCGAAAUAACUGCCGAACAUGAUUUCCUUGUUUUGGCCACAGAUGGUCUUUGGGACCACGUGGCUGAACAGCAAGUUAUUGAUGCUAUAUACACUGCUUUGGCUAUUGCUGAACAGAAAGUCGAAGACAUUCCAAAAAUUUUAAUCGAUUUAGCGAAAAAAGGUGAUUCACAGGAUAAUAUAACUGUGGUUAUUGUUUUUCUAAAAGAACGCCAAAAAAUAGUGGAGUGUUAUAAAAAAAAUUGAAUAAUUUUACUUUUACUUUUCUUGAAUGCUUCAACAGUUGCAUUGACAAUAGAGGUUGGCAAUCUAUGAACUCGAUAAAAUAAGUAAGAGAUGUAUAAUGUAAAUGAUAUAUUCCGUACAAUUCCUGAGGUUUUUUGUUGUGUGCAUACGUGAAGUAAAUGCCUUUCGUGGCUUAUAAGUGCUUUAGUAAACUAUGUAAUAGCAAUGUCUGUUAAAACUUUAUUGAAAUACCCAAUUCGAUAUAUGUAGCUUUCCUAAAAUAUAAUCGUAGGUUUCUAAUUGCAAGUACUUGCCUGCAUUAUCAGAUUUAAACAUACAACUGCUAAAAACCCAGAUCAAGUGAUAAUCACCCAUUAGCAGGCAAAGAAGCUGUUACAGACUUAUUCCUUUACAGUGAGGCUUUUGAGUGUAGAAGGUCGUAGAAAUGAAUAAAUUUCAAGUCUGAACAAGUCAAGUACCUCUCAUACCAUAGACGAGUAGUUAUUGUUUAUGUCAACUUACGGAUGUUGCAAAUGAGAUGUUAAUUUCAAGCGAAUGAUGGUGUUAUGUAUCAGUGUAUAAUCGUCAGUAAAAAGCGGUCUGAAUGGUGUAAUGAAGACAGAAGGGGGUGUCGUUUUUCUUAUACGUUUUUUCCCUUGUUAUUUUAUUUAUCAUGUCACCUAUAAGCGGAUGUUGUUUACGUUACAUGCAUAGUUUGAGAAUAUCAAACAUAUAUAACUGCCUGCAGCUUAAAACAGAUAUAAGCGAGUCCAUAAUAUUAAAUCUGGAGCAAAUGCAAUUGAUUUUUAAGCUAUUUUUCAAAAUUUAUACAGGUAUAUAUGAAUAUUGCAGAGAAUAUAAGUAAAAUAUAAUAUUUGCCAAUGUAUAUUAUAUUAUAUGAUAUUAUAUCUAUAUUUCAUCAUGAAGCCGGGGUGAAGAAGGUUCAUAUCACUGAGAUAUGUUUUUCUCUGAGGAAAUUAAUCAUUCUCAAUGUCUAUCCUAACUGCCGCUCUAUUCCAGAUAACAUAACAUCGUUCAAUUGUUUUUACACUCUAAUGCACACAGAAAUUUGUACCCUAUUGAUUUAUGGUUUGACUCCGUUGAGAUGGGAAGAUUUUUUUCAGCAAGACCUUGGUUCAAUAUCCAUACGUAUUUCAAAUAUAUGCAACAUAACUAUUUUGUUACAACACGUCUAAACUAAAUACUAAGAUUCGUUAUAAUACCAUUGGAGAAAAUAGUAGAAUUAUACAAGCUUGACGACUACUUGUCUAUUUUGGAUAAUAUUUUAUGAAACUGUGAGGGCUGGAGCAUGAUUGUGAGAAAGCUAAUGAUUAUAUAUAAAUCAUCUACAGCGUCUAUUAAGUUAAAGUGUAAUAAAUGGCUUGAGUUAUAUUGUUUUUUGCCAUUUAAGAGAAGAGUAGUUGUGUUAACUAUUCAGGUUAUGACGUUGUUGUCAGCGAUAGAUAAUAUUGAAACAUCGAUUAAGUUUCGAAUUUUGUUAGUUAAAAAACAUUUGUAAGUCUAUAAGUGUAUAUUAUGUUUCAACUUUUUUCAUAUAUAGAUCUAAGUAGUAAUUGUGGUGUUGAAAUUUAGACAACUCUAGUGUAUGGAAUAUAUUUUAAAUUUCUUAAACACCUGAACUUUAUAAAAUAUGUAUGAUUUGCAUUUGUACAUAAAUACAAAAAUUUUUUAUAUAAAAAUUAAUUCGAAAUAAUACAGAAUAGCGUAUUCAGAAAUUAUUGGAGCCUGUUUAAGUAGAAGUUGUAAAUUUAGAUUAUUAAUUUUUAUAAAAUAAACCAUUUUAGGGACACUAACAGCGAAUA